AUUCAUCUCAACCCGAUCUAACACACGAGAAACAAGUUUUUCUCUGUGUUCUUCUUUCCCAGAAAUUCACUCAACUUAUCUUUAUCUCACGAUUUUCUUAGCAUGUCAAAUCCAUCAAACCCAUACCUCUAUCACCACUUUUACCUUGUCAAGACUAGUUGCUUACCUUUUCCAUUACCAUUUCAGUCAUAGCCCUAGGCUUUGACUCAUAGGAUAAGCUAGGGAUUUUAUUUUCUGCAAACAUCAUCAACAUCAUUCAAAUGGAUGAGGAUAAGUGCAGUGGCGGUAGAUGAAGGAUGAGUCUUGCAAAGUGUUAAUAGGUACCUGCAAUCUCUGAUGUGCAAACCCAAGAAGGAGGAGAAAAAAAAGAGGGAGACAACCUGUAGGUUGUGCCUAAACCCGGUCUUGUACCGGCGGUAUCGUUCCUCAACUUAAAUAGUUUUGUCUUGAAUGAUACAACAUUCUCGCAUGCAAACUACACUAGAUACUUCAUCAUCAAACCCCUGCAACACAUUUGUAUACAUGAUUCUGUGAUUGUGAGUAAACGGCUUGCUAGCUUUAUUAUUAUAUCACUGACUAUUCAGUCGAUCUUGGCAAUAUUUGUGCACUCAUCCCUGAAGUUGAUUGUCAAAAGCAUAAAUCUGUGAUAUAUCCUGACUAUCUGUUGAACUAGUAUGAUUGAUACCUUUGUGCAUGAAUCAGUAAUACUUGAGUCGCAUGUUCGCUUGCUGAAUCUGUUAUGUUCUGUGAACUAUCUAAACUUUGAAACUUACUGAUUCUGCAAGAGUUAUGUGCAUUUGCUGCUUGGCUGAUCAGCAUAGCAUAAUAGUUCCAUGUGCAUUUACCAGUUCUCAGAACUAGCUUUUUGAUUCUCGAAUCUUUGUUUCCUUGUAUUGUGAGUUGCGUGCUUGUCUGAUUGUUAUAACAUGUUCACUGAUGUGCAUGCUAGGCUAUGAUUGUGUCUUUUCGAGACGAUACAAAUCGUUUAGUUAAAAUUCAGCGAGAGUACGUAGUCGAGAUUCCCGUGUCUUUUCAGGAAAGACCUGACCAACCUGAGACAAUGGAUGAGGAGUCAAUCCAACCCCGCAGUCUCAAGGACUACAUGUAUCCCACGAGGGCAAGCCAGCCCCUCUUGCAUUGUUUUACCAGAAACUGCUGGUCAGUUUGAAUUGAAAGCGAGCACGAUACAUAUGCUCCCUGUGUUUCGAGGGGUUGAAGCUGAAAACCCCUACCAUCAUGUAAGAGAGUUUGAAGAGAUUUGUGGGACUUUGCGUUUCACUCAAAUGCCGGAAGAGUCCCUGAAAUUGAGAUUAUUUCCCUUCUCUUUGAAGGAAAAGGCCAAAUCUUGGCUCUAUGCCCUGCAACCACAGUCAAUUAGGACAUGGGAUGAUCUUACGAAGGAAUUUUUCAAAAAGUUCUUCCCAAAUCACAAGACUGCGACCAUUCGUCAAAGUCUGAAUAGCUUUGUGCAAUUAGAGGGUGAGACCUUAGCUAAAUACCUGGAGAGGUUCAAUGACUUAUUGCUUCAGUGUCCUCACCAUGGUUUCGAAAAAUGGAGACUGGUGCAAAUUUUGUAUGAAAGUCUAGAUGUUGCCACCCGAACAAUAAUUGAGUCAAUAUGCAAUGGUUUAUUUAUUGACAAAAGUGUCGAUGAGUCAUGGACCUUUUUACAUGAAGUUGCCGAGAAAACUCAGCAACGGGAGUCUGUUAGAGAACCUAGGAAGUCGACCAACAGGGGUAGUGUUCAUAAUAUAGAGUGACUUUGAGGGUAAUGCUAAAAUUUCAUCUCUAGCUAGGAUAGUUGAGGCUUUAGAUUUGGAGAAAAAUAUAAAAUUUGUCGCUUGUACUUCUUGUAACCCAGUUGAGGUUUCUGUUUGUGCUGCAUGUAAUAGUUCUGACCAUCUAGUGGACAGUUGCUCAGAAAUACUUGCAUUUCAAGAAUCUAGACUUGAACAGGCCCAUGUUUUGUAUCAAAAGCAAUAACAUAACCCUUAUUCACCGACCUACAACCCAGGGUGGAGGAACCACCCUAACUUUUCAUGGUCCAAGGGCCCUGUACAAGGGGGUACAUCAGGAAACACACAAGGGUAUGCACACCCUAGAAACCCCCAGGUCGUACACACAGUACCCUGCUGAGAAAAAAUUGUCUAGCAUUGAAGAAAGUGUCGGUCUGUUGACCCAAAAUCUUUUGCAAAUUCAGAAGUCGACUGACCAACGUUUUACAAGUCUAGAACUUAAGAUGGGUCAAAUUUGCGAUGCACUAAAUGAGAGGGAAAAGGGUAAACUCCCAAGUCAGCCUCAACAAAAUCCUAAGAGUGCAUUUCAGGCAGGUACUUAUACUUGCAAUGUGUCUUUACAUGUGAAUGCUGUUACUACUCUUCGUAGUGGUAAAGUAAUUGAUAAUAAUGUAGGCGUACCACAUACCAAUGAGUCUGAGUCAGACUCAUCAUUGCGUACAACGCCACAGAAAACAUCCAUUGUAGAAAAUGAAUCUGAGCAUGUUUGUAAAUCUAAAAAUUCUACUGAUGUUGAUGUUUCUUUGCCAACUAAUGUUCCUGUUGCUCCAAUUCCUCAAAGGUUGGUGCAGCAGAAGAAAGGCACCCAUUACAAUGAGAUGUUAGAGAUGUUCAAAAGAGUCAACAUCCCAUUUCUUGAGGCAAUUAAGAAAAUCCCUGCAUAUGCUAAAUUCCUCAAGGAUUUGUGUACACAAAAGCGCAAGCUUAAUGUACACAAACGUUCCUUUAUAGCUGAGCAGGUAAGUUCUAUCAUUCAAAACAAGACUCCACCUAAGUUUAGAGACCCAGGUUGUCCCACAAUCACAUGCAAGAUAGGUGACCAUACGGUCAAUAAGGCGUUACUAGACUUAGGGGCCAGUGUGAACCUACUGCCAUAUUCGGUAUAUGUGCAGUUAGGUCUUGGAGAGUGGAAAGCAACACCUAUAACUCUGCAAUUGGCGGACAGAUCCGUCAAAGUUCCUCGAGGUGUGGUAGAAGAUGUUUUGAUUAAGGUUGAUAAGUUCUAUUUUCCUUUGGACUUCAUUGUUUUAGAUACUCAGCCUGUGCAGAACCCAGACUGUCACAUUCCUGUCAUUUUAGGACGUCCCUUCUUGGCGACAUCCAACGCAAUCAUUAACUGUCGUAAUGGAGUGAUGAAAUUGUCGUUUGGUAACAUGACUGUGGAUUUGAAUGUUUUUAAUGCUAGCCAAUAACAUUUAGAUCUUGAUGAUGAUAAUGAUGUGCAUGAAAUCAAUAUGAUAGAAAGUUUGGUUCAUGAUUCGUUGUCUAGUAACAUGUCUAGGCAUAGUUACUAUUGUUUAUUAGAUGGUUUUUCUGGUUACAAUCAGAUUCAUAUUGCACCUGAAGAUCAGGAAAAGACUACAUUUACAUGUCCUUUUAGAACGUUUGCUUAUCGUCGUAUACCCUUUGGGUUGUGUAAUGAACCCGCCACAUUUCAACGUUGUAUGAUGAGCAUUUUUUCGGACAUGAUAGAUAAUUUCCUUGAGAUCUUUAUGGAUGAUUUAUCUGUGUUUAGAUCUUGUUUUGAUGAAUGUUUGAACAAUCUCACUCAUGUGCUGAUUAGAUGUAAAGAAAAAAAAUUUGGUUUUGAAUUGGGAAAAGUGUAAUUUUAUGGUGAACUCAGGCAUAGUUUUAGGACAUAUCAUCUCUGAAAAAAGCAUUGAAGUAGAUAAGGAUAAAGUUGAACUCAUUCAACACUUGCCGCAACCUCGCUCUGUGAGGGAGGUUAGAUCAUUUGUAGGCCAUGCUAGUUUCUACCGUAGAUUCAUUAAAGAUUUCAGUAAGAUCUCAAGGCCACUGUGUAAUCUACUUGGUAAAGAUGUUUCUUUUGUGUUUGAUGAUUCUUGUGUGCGUGCUUGGGAAGAACUCAAAACUCUUCUAAUUUCAGCUCCUAUAGUCCGACCACCUGACUGGAAGAACUCAAAACUCUUCUAAUUUCAGCUCUUAUACAGUUUCAAAAAUUACUAAAAUUUCGUUGGGUAACGUACGACUUCCUAGACCAAAUGAUGAACGUCCAUCAUUUGAUGAUAUCUCUAUUGGACUUUGUGGAAAGAAGAUUGUUUGGAGUCAAGGAAAGUUUCAUACUAAUGAUCUUAGCAUUGAUUUAGUAGCUUUUGGAAAACUCGGUAUCUCUAACCUUUGUCCAUCCACUAUUGAGUAUUCUUGGUGGAGUUAUGAGUUUGCGGAAUUAGUCUACUUCCUUGAAAUCCGGUAAUAGAAAUCUUGACAUUUGUGGUUUUAUCAUCUUUCAAAUGAUUACAAUGACCUCUCACAUCAAGAUGUUGGGCUAUCCUUGUUUAAUUAUCCAAAUUUUCCAUGAUCGUGGACUUGAUUUUAUUGGAAAUUCUCUUGGGGUUCCCAAACUUGUUCAUCCAUGCACCUUUCGGCGUAUAAGGGAGAAUGUUCGCAAGCGACAAAGAGGUACUCCUCUUGAUGUUGAAGACCAUUCCACCUUGAGGCUUAUUCAAAAGGUCUACAAGGGAGUGUGCAAGGUAAAUGCAAGAGUGAAGUGCUUAAAAGAUCAAGGGUUGUUGAUUGGAACCAAGUGUCCCGAGCUCAAGGAAGAGUUGGUCUCAAUUCAAGCAACUUGGAAAGUGUCCGAUGAUGAAGGUGAUGAGUAAUACAUCUUCUUAUAUGCCUAGUAAGUCUUCUUUUUGGAUUAGUUGGAAGAAUAACUAAUGCUUUGAAUAGCGAAAAUUGUGA